GCAACCCACCCGGCAGCGGGGGGGGCUGACAGCUCCUUAUGGGGGCGGCGUUGCCGCCCCUUGGAGAAAGUCUGCCUUUCUUAGAUUUCUCAUUCCUGCUGGGUCCCCUGCUGUUUCUGCUUGUCCUGCUUGGGCUACUGAGCCAUCUUAGCUGGAUUCCCUCACUGCUGAAGAAUAUUGUGAAUCGGAGCUCAAGGAGUCCCCAUCCAGCUCCUGUAAUCCCAAAGGUAGCUAGGAGGCCCAAACUCGUGGAUUUGGGGACAUCUUGGUCCCAACGGAUGAAUUGUCCUUAUCGUCGGCGGUACUCUAUUCAGAAACUCCCUGCUACCCCUCAUAUUCUAAGUGACAGCUCUGAAUCUCGAGCUCCUGUACACCUCUAUCAAAGGCCAAAGUUAAAGAGAGAGAGAGAGCACCACCCAAAGCUUGGCCUCCUGGGGGGGGCGCAGCCCAUGCCCCCCCAAGACCCCUGGUGCUACACAUUGGGAGCAACCCCUCUCUCUCUAGCCUGGCACCUGCUCCCAUCCCCAACUCCCAUUUUGCUCCAUGUCCAACCCACCUUCCCUGUGACCUCACCACUACAAAGCCCUGUGACUGCACCACUCAAGAGCCCUCUGACCCCACCACUACAAAGCCCUAAGACCUUACCACUACAGAGCCCUGUGACUCCAACACUACUUAGCCCUGAAGCCUACAGUCUCCUGGAAAAAAACAUUUCAGGCCAUCGACUUCAAGGACAAAUUUGCAGUCAGCCACAGCAGUCUUUUUCUACUGUGAUCCCAUCCCCCUUGGUUUCUUUGCACCCACCUCCUCCUGAAACCAAGGAGAUGGUGUCCAGGCACAACAGCCAACUGGUACUACAGAUCUCUCUGUCACAGUCACAACCUGGUAUUGAGCUCCUCUUGGGUCCCACCCCCUGGUCUAACUCAGCUGCCCCAACUCAGCUUCACCCCAAUACCUACUCCCGUACAUAUUGCCAGGUGCCCCCCAAACGUCGCCUAUCCCGGGCAUUGCCCUCUCCCUGUCCUCAUUCACAGCCCCCUAACUGUACCCCUUCAUUAAAAGGAAGUCUGUCCCCCUCUUCUGGUGGCCUGCAGGACUACCAAAGGAGAAGGGAAAGGCUUCGGCAGCUUCGUAGUAGUACAUCGGACCCCAGAAUUGGGGGGAGAUGUGUGCCAUGCGGAACUGGACUUGGGGAGCAGGGGGGACCUGCAGCUCUGGCCCGGGAGCUGGUGGCACUCCUUGGUCGCCGCCGCAUUGCCAGGGACCUGCGGCUCCUGCUGCUGCAGCGCCUGUGGCAGGGUUGUGCUGGGCCCGCUCCAGCCGUGGAGUAUCCUAUAUGUUUGGUAUGCCGCAAACCAAGAGGGCCCUCCUGCCCGGCCCCCAGCCACUGGCCUGGACCCCGGCUCCUUGCCUUCCCGCAACUGCUACCCUCCAGGGAAGGGCUAGCGUUGGGGUCUGGGCCGCUCCGCGUAGGCAUCGGCUUCGGCCUGCACCUGCAACGGGAUCAGGCUCAAGCCCUGGAACUUUUGCCCAAGAAAGAGAUCGAGGAGCUGGAGUAUCAGGUCGAAGCUCCUUGUUUCAAGGAAGAAGGCUUCCCAGCCCCAGAGCCUCAAUUCCCACCUUGCAUCCCCUGCCCAGAGUCUCUACAUCUGCUAGUCCCAGACCCUGGUCCUGCCUCCCCAAAACCCAGCCUUUUUCCUCCAGCCUAUGUGCCCACACGGCCAGAGGCCCCCAGCCACACUUCAUCUCCAAGCAAGAACCUGGGCGCAUCUGCCUAGGAACAGCCCGGGCCCCAUUCCCCUUAUUCCGCCCCAGGCCCCAAAGUACUGGGAGCCCAAGAGACACCCUGAAGGGAUGGCUGGGAGGGGUCCAUGUCUACUCUCCAUCCAGAAAUCCUGGGAGUCCUUUAUGGAGUCUGCUGUCCCCAGGCUAAAAAUGGCCAAAGGGCACUAUAGAGUUUCCCUAAUACCACCAGCCCUUGGCCCUCAUUCUGUAGUCCACAAUAAAGAGGAUACUACAGAA